UCGCCACCAUCGUCGGCAGUAAGCGGACAGUUGCCUAGUGACGAAAAACUCCAGACGGCUGCUGGCUUCCUGCGUUUUCAAAAAAUCUCGUCGCUGCCACUCAGCUUGCGCCAAGUUUCCCCAAACACAUCUAUCUGUUUGUUUGGUAUUCACAGCGGGACCAUGGUGCGGGGCAACACGUAGAUCCCACCUCGGAGGGUCGUGUUGCGUGUUCAGCGUCUCGGGCCGCGUCAUGAGGAGUUCCUGAUGAAUGAUGAAUAACUAUAUCUUCAUCAGGGUCGUGGGGAAGGGCAGCUAUGGAGAGGUGCACCUGGUGAAACACAGGUCCGACCGAAAGCAGUAUGUUAUUAAGAAGCUGAAUCUAACCACCUCCUCCAAGCGGGAGCGGCGUGCUGCAGAGCAAGAGGCGCAGCUUCUGUCCCAGCUGCGACAUCCAAACAUUGUGACCUACAGGGAGUCGUGGGAAGGAGACGACUGUCAGCUCUACAUUGCGAUGGGUUUCUGUGAAGGUGGUGACCUCUAUCACCGACUUAAACAGCAGAAGGGGGAGCUGCUCCCCGAGAAGCAGGUGGUGGAGUGGUUCGUCCAGAUAGCGAUGGCACUCCAGUACCUGCACGAGAGGAACAUUCUCCACAGAGACCUCAAAACACAGAACAUCUUCUUGACAAAGACCAACAUCAUCAAAGUCGGGGACCUUGGCAUUGCACGAGUAUUGGAGAACCAGAAUGACAUGGCCAGCACGCUCAUAGGGACGCCAUACUACAUGAGCCCUGAGCUCUUCUCCAAUAAACCCUAUAACCACAAGUCAGAUGUGUGGGCCCUGGGCUGCUGUGUGUAUGAAAUGUCCACACUUAAACAUGCCUUCAAUGCCAAGGACAUGAACUCACUGGUUUAUCGCAUAGUAGAAGGAAAGCUGCCACAGAUGCCCAGUAGAUAUGACCCCCAGCUGGGAGAUUUGAUCAAGAGCAUGCUGUGUAAGAGACCUGAAGAUCGGCCUGAUGUCAAACUUAUCCUCCGCCAGCCCUACAUCAAAAGACAAAUUGCCAUGUUCCUUGAGGCCACCAAAGAGAAAACUGCCAUGUCAAGAAAGAAAGCUGUCAGCAGCCCUGGUGUUUGCAGAAACAACAGUGAAUCGUCUGUGGUAUCAUCUCAGCCGAAAUCUAAGAGACAGCCUCGGAGUCCUCAGCCGGAUCCUCUUGUCAAUGUGAAACGGAAAGAAGAGAAAUCACAGCAGUCUGAACUUUAUAAUGGCGUCACCGACUCGACUCCAGGCCAAAUAACUCCCCAAUCCAAACCUCCUUCACCUGAUGCAUCUCUGGCAACUAUCAGCAACAUCAAUAUUGAUUUCCAAGGGCAGGAGGAUGAGGACCAGUCGAACAGGCAGGUGCACAGGCCCCAGUCGGCAGGUGAUGAACAUGUGACUCGCAGCGUGCACAAAGACAGCAAGAGAAGAGGGAAACCCGAUCCUUCUCCCCCUGUCUCCCCCGUUAAGCUCCCUCUGAAGUCUGUAUCAGGUGUUGUCAGCAGGGGAGGAGACGAGAGACGGGCACCCAACGGAUUGUUAGACAUUCAGCCACGGGCCACGCCAAAGCCCGGGGAUACAUUUUCUGUUUUGGGGGAGAAGCAGAUGUCAGAUGUGGAUGAUAAGGAUGAUACCAUGGAGUUACUUCAAGAGGCUCACAUGCAGAAGCCAAAGCUAGAAGUCGAGAAAGAGGCUGCUCCUUCUAUCACUGAGAGCAGAUCUGCGCACAGAUCUAAAACAGAAACUGUCGGAGUGGGUGUGGAAGUGAAUAUGGACAAUAAAGGUGAUACCAUUAAUCUUCUCAAGGGGGAUCCAACUCAACACCUACAUGCCUCAGACACCCAAGAAAACUUAGAAUCUACUGAAAAGCUGUUAGAGCCGUUCACUCCAACACUGGAGCCUGAGAUUGAGCAAACUCCCUUACCAGUGAAAAAGCCAGGACCGAUCAAGGACACGAGAGGGACACAUGGGGAUCAGGACAAGUCCAAGGUGGCUGCUUCUAGACCUUUACCUCCACCUCCUGUUGAGAGCAGAGCUGUGGAGGAGAGGAAGAGGAGCAAGAGGAGCACAGAGGGCAAGAAACCUGACGUGGCUGCGACGUCCACACCAGUGAGUUCCUUUAAGAAGGGAUUGUUACCACUGCCACAGGAUCGUCCUUUGUCCGCCAGAGAGAGAAGGAGACUGAGACAGUCCCAUGAAUGUUCCAUUCAACCAGGUGUUGAUCCUGUAAGAAGAGCUUCUUAUGAUGUCACCUCUACUAAGGCUGAGCGCUACAAUGCCCCAGUCACCAGUAGAUCUGUGUCAGACACUAUGCCUGGGACCAUCAGUAAGCAAGAUAAGUUGCAGGAGCAAAGGUCAGAUGAUGAUGAAUGCAGCUCAUCCACGAGUUCCACAGAGCGUUCGGAGGGAGACUGCAGGGAGAGGAAGACUGAGUCCAGCGACAUGCAGGAUUUAGUCCUUAUGAUGACACAAACAUUGAGAAUGGAUGUCGGAGAUGGUGUGAGCGAGGUGGACAAAAGCAGAUUUGGUUCUACUACACUGCCAGAAUUUAAACUGAACAGGCGGUAUCGGGACACCCUGAUGCUUCAUGGGAAGGCUCGAGAGGAAGCAGAGAACUUGUCAGUCGGUGAAAUACGAAUGGAGGGCUCCCCAUCUGGCCCAGCCAAGAUAAGGAGAGCCAUAGAACAACUGAGGACAGAUGUGGUGAAGGGCCUGGGGGUCAAGCUGCUGGACAAAGUGCUGGAAAUCAUAGAGGAGGAGGAUGACGCCGUACGAGAACUUUGCCUUCGUGACCAGAUGGGGGACGAGAAAUACCAAGCGUACGCUGUGAUGGUGAGGCAGCUGAAAUUCUUUGAGGACAUUGCCUUCAAGUUUUAAAGAAUAUAGGAGCACAGAGGCUAUGGGAACAAAGACCUUUGCAUUUUGACCAUUCUUACAUAGCAUUGAAAGUUGUUCUCAACUGUAAAUAGAUCAACAACAUUCUCAAAGAUGAAUUAAGUUCCUACCAAACGAUCUUGGUUUUGUGGCAUAAAGCCACUUCCCUCCUUCUGCUAGCAUCUAACAUGACAGCAGGUUUAAUCAUGAGAUUGCAACCUUAGCAAUUAGUCAUAUGAAAUGGCAUGUCAAAUUAAUUGUAUAUAUUUUUUUAACUCCAGUAUAAACACACACUUUGAAUCCUGCAUUCUUCAGGAUGCCUAUGCAAAGAUUUUGGUCAAGUUCUAACACUUUGAUUCUCCACUUGCUGUGGUUGGAUACUCACUUGUUUAUUUAUAAUGCAAACCAGAAUUUUGAUAUUGUUUCACCUACACUGCAUCUUUGAAGACAUGAGAUCUCACUUCUGCUUCUCUAUUGUAUUUUCUUACACACAAGAAACUGUAAUGUAGAUGUUUUGUAGAUAUUAAUGUUUAAAUAAAUUCCUACAAAUCUUAAA